AUGAGUGUUUUAAAUAAUUUAACACAAUAAUAAGUAUAUAUCUGAUGAAAAAUAUUUGACAUAUAUAUUUCUGAAUUAUAUCUAAAAAAACAUAAGCUAAUAAGUAUUCAUAAGAAGAUUAUGUCCGCAUAUGCGGGCAAAACACCUAGUAUCCGGUAUAUAUGCAGGUGCUUUCAUAAUAAUAAUUAUAAUAUAGAAUUGUGUUAUUAAUUCUUCAUGUUAUUGAUCAUAGUAUAUAUAUAUAUAUACUAAUGAAUAUAUAUGAAUGACCUGAAGGAUAUAUGAAUAGUCUGAAGAAUAUCAUUUAAACUUGUCAUGGUGGUGAAUUAAUAUGAAAUGAUUCAAUUAUGUGUCAUAUAAUAUAACGAUACUUGCUUACUAUAUACCAAAUUGUACAAUAGAAGUAUGUGGCUUAUGAUUCGUAGAUCUUCACCACACGUUGGCCUUUUCUAUUUGAGUAUUUGGUGAUUCACCGAAUUACAAAAAAAAAACCAUUUCACAUCAUUGUACGUAGGGAUGUUAAAAUGGUAAAAUCCACCACAUCUAAACCCACCAUGUUUACCCGUUUAGACCCAUUUAAAAAUAGGUCUAUUAAGAGUAUCCAUUUAAAUCCACAAAUUUUGUACUAACACAUUUAGACCCAUUUAAAUUAUUGUUGCUUUAAUUUUUAAUUGUUUUAACUUUUGAAGUACUUAUGAGAAGCUUACUUGCCCUUGAAACUGCAGCAUCAAGAUUGACUCUGAUUAACAAUACAUACCGGGUGUGGCUAUGGGGAGAAAGUAAGGUCAAUCCUACAAAUACUGAUGGUAUAAAGAACCUUGCUGCAGCAGUUUCAGGGGAAAGAACCACUAACAGAGAAAGAACAUAUGCAAGAUCUAUGCUGAACGAGAUAUUACCAACGCUCUUGUAUAAAAUUCUCAAACUCAAACAUUCAAAGUGCAAGAUAUUUCAAACUGAACAAUGGAAAAGAACAACCUUUUGAGUCUCACAACUCUAUCUCCGUAGUCAAAGGUAAAGUGAAGUUUUCAAAAUGCAUGAUCAAAGUGUUAAAAGAAGAUUCAUGUGUUGUUGUCAUAUCUUUUAGGCCGAGCAGAACAUAGACGAGUCCUUCCACUGAUCAUCCCAACUUCGAAGUUCCAAAGCUCUAUCUACAAAUAUGAACCUGAGAGAUGAAGACAUAGUGUCUGUUGUCAUGAACAACAAACGGAGAAACAAGAGCCACAGCGGUAUAUAACCUAGAACAACAUGAAGAGGCCCAUACCUUUAGUUUCUUCUUUCAGCAUCAUGCAUCAACUGUCCCAUGACAAAGUCGUUCACUGGCUGUUGUAUGUAAGAACAGUAGUAAAAAAAAGACAGCUUCACAAGCUUAUCCACCAACUUAUUCCUUGUAACUUCAAUCAACAGAAUUUUUGAUUCGGUUACAGCUACCUGCAAAAAUCAGAUUAGCAAAACUUUCUAUUGUUAAUCAAAGAAAAUUAAGAUCCAGAAUUAACCUUUUGCGUGGAUAGUAAGUGGAGCUGAUCAAUUUUCUUGAUGGUUGCAUCAUACUUGAAGUGGUGCCUCUCGAUUGUGUUAAGGAGGUCAUCUAAAGUGGGUGAAUCGAAUGGUGUGAGACAGAGUUCUCCUUCUUCUACAACAUCUCUCACAACAUACAAGAAAAUUUCCUUUGUGUCACUCUUUUCACAUGCAGUCCAUAAGAAAAAUUUAUCUUUGAACAACUCUCUUGAUUGGGUAAGUGAAGCAAUGUAGUCUUCAUAGAGAAAAGUUUCUUGGCAGAUUUCAGCUGAAAGCUUCUGUAUGUGAGGUGUUUAACUUUGAGAAGAGCAACCCAAACAGAUACAUGAUGCUUGUGAGGUGGAGAAGGAAAAUCAGCAGCUUGGUAAUCAUCCAACCAAGUGACGAAAAAGUCACACAAGGAGGAUGAAUACUUCCAUAGUAAGCUUUAGGAUCCAAUAGAACAGUCUCCCCUUUAUCAUCGCCACGACCAACUUCUCCCCGCAGUAGUCUUUUGUUGAGAUGAAAGUGUGGAAUGUUAGAAUCCACUUAACCAAUAACAAUAUAAUUUAAGAAUUUUAGCAAUCAUUACAAAUUCAUAUACCACUAAUAUUUUGCUAGAAUAAAAAUGCUUAUGUUAUUUUUUUUUCAUUUUUCACAAGUUUUAGUUUUACUCGAGCGUUUCACCUUUUUCUUUUACUCUAAUUUAAUUUAAAAUUACCAAUCAAAUCCUAGAUAACAAAAAUCAAGAUCACUAAGCAUGUAUUGAUGAUUACAGUUUAUCAGAAAAUAUCACCCAAUAAUCAAAAUUCUCAAAAUAGCAUCUAUUUAACAUGAAAAACAUUAAAUUACUCUAACUCCUAAACUCUAAUCUCACUCCCAAAAUCAUAAUCAUUAAACCCAAACAUACAAUAAAAUAUAUGUUUUGAAUUUCUUUUUUUUGUCACAAAUAUGUUUUGAAUUUCUAAACUAAUGUUAUUUAGGAUUUUUUUCCUUGUGCACAAAUUUUGUUAUAAACAUAAUUUGGUGUUAUUUAAAGGUAUUAGUCAAAAAGAAAGGUACUGACGAUAAAUACAUACAUUCCCAAAGUAGCACGAGUGCAUUCCACUCUGAGCCACUGAAAACGUCGGCAAUACAAUAUUAUUUUUUUAAAUGAAAAAUGUGGAAGUUGCUAUAUAAAAAUGUAUAUGUUCUCGGUUACACAUUAGAAGUUUGUAAGCAUGCUUUGGAUAGAAUCCAUAUGAAUAGCACUCAGGCCAGCACCACAUUCUCUUUUUAUUGGCUACUUAAACAAUCAUUUUAUGAGAUUAUUAUUAUAUGAGCACAUGUAUAUGAACCUCAAUACUUUGAAAUUAGUGUAGACUUAAUUCAUAUUCUUUUAUUUUGUGUCAAGAAUCUUUUGUUUAUUAGACACUUAUACUCAGCACCACAAAACUAAAAUGGCUUAAUCUUAUCUAGAGAUGAAGUUUGCAAAGUGUAAAUAAGAAAUGAAGUAGUAAUCAUUUUGUUCAAAGUCUUUGGAACAUUGGAAGAAAAAAACAUGUUGAAGUGAUGUAAUGACUUGAACAGAAGAUAGUGGUGAGAUCACUAGCUUGUUAUAUCUCAACUUUCUGCCCAAUUCAAAAACCCACCAACUCUUCAAAGUGGGAUAAGCAACUCAAGCAUUAGAGACUCGUGAUUCCUUUUGCUCUAUCUCUAGUUUCCAACUAUCUCUCAACCUCUAUAAAUACCCUUUGCUUGUGUUACACUAUGUGAAUAAUUAGUCUUUAAGUGACUAAAAAGUUCAGUCAUGAAAGGUCUUUUCUUCUUCUUCUCACCCUUCUCCUUAAUGUUUCUCUAUCUUCUAUGCAUCUCAUUUACGGCAGAAACUGAAGCUGGAUUGAGAAAUGGUGAUGGGGUUUACAUCGUCUACAUGGGAUCGGCUUCCUCUGCCGCAAACGCUUAUAGAGCUCAGAUACUCAUAAACACCAUGUUUAAGAGGAGAGCUAAUGAUAUCGUCCACACAUAUAAACACGGGUUCACUGGUUUCGCUGCUCGUUUGUCAGCUGAAGAGGCCAAAGUCAUAGCCAAGAAAACUGGAGUCGUGUCGGUUUUUCCUGACCCAAACUACCAACUUCACACAACUCAUUCGUGGGAUUUUCUCAAGUACCAAACAGCUGUAAAGAUCGAUUCUAGUCCACCUUCUUCACCAGAAGCUGGAUCAUACGAUAGCAUUAUCGGUAUUCUAGACACAGGAAUAUGGCCAGAAUCAGAGAGUUUUAAUGACAAAGACAUGGGUCCAAUUCCAUCUAGGUGGAAAGGUACAUGCAUGGAAGCAAAGGACUUCAACUCUUCUAACUGUAACAGAAAGAUAAUCGGAGCACGAUUCUACAAAAGUCCUGAUGAUGAUUCAGAAUACUUCACCACAAGAGAUGUGAUCGGUCACGGUACUCACACCUCCUCCACUGCAGCUGGAUCAGCCGUGGAGAACGCGUCCUACUAUGGUGUAGCUUCAGGAACCGCUAAGGGAGGUUCACCAAACGCUAGGAUCGCCAUGUACAAAGUAUGCAAUCCUGGGGGAUGCGCUGGCUCCUCUAUCUUAGCUGCUUUCGACGAUGCAAUAGCUGAUGGAGUUGAUGUUCUAUCUUUGUCUCUUGGAGCUCCAUCUUAUGCUCACAUCGAGCUGAACACUGAUCCUAUAGCCAUUGGAGCUUUUCAUGCGGUGGAGCAAGGGAUCUUGGUGGUCUGCUCUGCGGGCAAUGAUGGUCCUAAUGGUGGUACGGUUGUAAAUACUGCACCUUGGAUAAUGACUGUUGCAGCAAACACUAUUGACAGAGACUUAGAGUCUGAUGUUGUGCUUGGCGGCAGUAAAGUCAUCAAGGGUGAAGGAAUACACUUUGGGAAUGUUAGUAAGUCUCCUGUAUAUCCUUUGAUUUAUGGCAAGUCUGCGAAAAGCGCUGAUGCUUCUGAAAGUUCAGCCAGGACUUGUGACUAUGGUUCUCUAGAUCAAGAGAAGGUAAAAGGGAAGAUUGUAUUAUGCGAGAAUUUCGAUGGAUCAUCUUAUGCAUCAAGUGCUAGUGAUGAAGUGAAGAGCAAGGGAGGCAUCGGUUGCAUCUUUGUAGAUGAUAGAACAAGAGCAGUUGCUAGCGCUUAUGGCACUUUUCCUACGACCGUAAUUGACUCAAAGGAAGCAGCUGAGAUCUACUCCUAUGUCAACUCUACCAAGGAUCCUGUGGCAACGAUUCUUCCCACUGUAACGGUUGAGAAGUUCACACCUGCUCCUUCUGUUGCUUAUUUUUCUUCCAGAGGUCCUUCAAGCAUCACAAGAAGCAUUCUCAAGGAGUGGCGAUACUCGCUGCUUGGACAGGGAAGGACACAAGUAUUUCACUGGAAGGCAAGCCGCCUUCUCAGUUCAACGUCAUCUCAGGAACCUCCAUGGCGGCUCCUCAUGUCACAGCUGUUGCAUCUCUGA